GACCAACCCUUGAAGAAUAAUUCACGACUUGAGUUCAAAGGAAGAAACUGCUCCUCCACUUCUUCUUCUUCUUCUUCUUAUUCUGCUUCAUCAUCAUCAUCAUCAUCAUCAUCGUCGUCAUUGGAAUCAUUGCAGAGGAGACAAAGAGAGAAGACCGGAAAGACUGUAAUGGAUUGCUCAAUCUGCACAAAAAUGCCGGCCAUUUUGAGGCCGCCGAGGAAUACGAUAUGCGGGUCGUGCUACGAAGGGGCCAGAAGCAUAAUCAUGCUCUUGAACAAGCUCGAAAACUCCAAUGAAGACGUGAAACCAAUCGAUAAGUCCAACCUUAAUUAUGGCCCUUCUCUUUCUUCUCCUUUGAUCUCUUGCGAGCCUCAGCCGUUGGGGAAUGUGAUCAAAUGGAUGAAACGCAUGAAAGAAACAGAGGAAGGGUUGAACAAGAAGAUAAGGUUCUUGAGCAAUUUCUCCUCGGCUUUCCAACAACAGCUUCAUACCGAUAUUCCUGCUCACAGAGCCUUGCUGGCUUCAAGGUCAGAGAUCUUCAAGAACAUUCUAGAUUCAGACCCAUGCAAAACCGCCCCUGAAGACUCCAUAACUCUCCAAGAACUGAACUCCGAGGAACUCCAAACCCUAUUGGAGUUCCUGUACAAUGGGACAUUGCCUCAAGACAAGUUACAGAAACACGUCUACGCACUGUUUAUCGCAGCCGACAAGUACAUGAUUCCGUACCUGCAAGAGUUCUGUGAACAACACAUGUUGUGGUCCUUAGAUAUUUCCAAUGUUCUUGACGUUCUCAGCGUCUCGGAUCUUUGUCUGAACAAGAGGUUGAAGGAAACCGCUCUCGGAUUCGUAGUGAAGAACAUGGACGAUGUUGUUUUCUCGGCCAAGUACGAGGCUUUUUCUCACAAGAACAAUCAUCUGUGCGUGCAAAUCACGAGGGCGUUCUUGAUGGAUACGAAGAACAAAAGAUGUAAUCAGUGAGAAAUUAACGGACAUGUAGAGAAAAUUUCAAAAUUCGUUACUGUUUUUUUUUACUGUGUGAUCGUAUAGUUGUUACGUGUAAGAAUGAUAUAGUUUGUAAAAACGAUGUCCAAAGAAAUUACAUUCCUCCAACUCCUCGGGAAACGAUUAUUGCACGGUUUCUAUAUAUGGUUUUCCAAAGUUU